UGUGGCGAUGGACACUAGAUGGCGCUCUACAACACUGUAAACGUCUGCACACGCUUUAUUAAACCGAGGAAGAAUUUCUCCGGAAGUUUGUCUUGUGUUUAUUCGCCGUGUUGUGUGCUCUUUGUGUAUUCUUAACCGAGUAAUUUCAUAUCAAUGGGUCGCAGAAAGUCGAAGCGAAAGCCUCCUCCCAAGAAGAAAAUGACUGGAAACCUGGACACGCAGUUUACCUGCCCAUUCUGUAACCACGAGAAGUCCUGCGAUGUUAAAAUGGAACGAAGUCGAAACACGGGUAUAAUAUCUUGUACUGUGUGCUUGGAGGAGUUCCAGACUCCCAUUACCUAUCUCUCCGAACCCGUGGACGUCUACAGUGAUUGGAUCGAUGCUUGCGAAGCAGCCAAUCAGUAGCUCAUCUCCUAGGAUCAGAGGUCACCGAAGACGACACGGCCCUACAAGACUACAAGGUGUAUUUUUAUAUCAUGAAAUGUAUCCUGUAACAUCCCAUUUGUCUCCUGAUGUAAAAGGAAUCAUUUUCAGUCACGCAUAAUCACUGUGUUCCCUUUUGUUAGUAUUACACAAUGUGAAGACACAAAGGAAACUGGGUGAAUUCGAGAGUUGGUGCAUUUGAUAAUUCCGGUUUAGACCCACACUUUUGAGAAUUUGUGAACUUUUAGUUUGUGAACUUUUUGUUGGAGUUCAGGUUUUUAUAUGUUUAAUGUUUGUUGGAGUACAUGUCAAUAAAAAUGUGUGCAUCUUCCUUGUUAGGAAGUUUGUGAUGAAA